UUAUAAUUCGCGUUGCCGCUCGUUAGUCAUAACAAAGUGAUAAAAAUGCUAAAUCUAGGCAUAGAAGAGGCGGUAGCUCCUGCCGGGGAUAAAAAACAUGGUGGCACAGAAGUAAUGCCAUGUCGUCUAUGCCAUUCCCGUUCAGCGCUGACAAAGGAAUCUCCAAACAUCUAUGAAGCAUCUGUGGAGUUUAUCAAAGAAAAUUCCGAGAAUGAAAGCGAAAAGCUGCUGAUUGCUGAUGUGUGCGAAAGUGUUUGGGGUAUAAAGUACAAUCGCCACGAAUUCCUGCCAGAACUCAUUUGUGAGAAUUGUUUGGAAAUGUUGAAGGACUUCUAUGAGCAACGCCGUUCCAUGCAACAACGUGAAAACGGUCUGCAGCAGGAUUUAAAGAACAUCAUUUCCCUGGACGCCAGGUAUCGACCAGGGCUAAAUGGCAAUCCUGGUGUAUUUGAGUUUAAGGAGGGUGAAGAAGGUUGCGUCAUUGUCGACGUGGAUCCGGAUCAGCUGUGCGAAACGACCGAUGAUGAGUUCAUGGGCUCCGAUGGCGAGGCCGAAAAUGAAGACGAGGAAUGGGACGAUGAGGAUGAGGAGGAAGCGCCAAAUGAUGAAGAUGUAGAGAUACCACUCGGCAUGGACGCAGCGCAAAUGGCGCUCAUGCAGGCUCAUCUCUCAGCCGAUGCCGUUGUGAAUGCCAAUGCGCAUCCCAAGAGCGCGUUCCUCUGUCAAUACUGCGACCUGGCCUUCACCUUGCAGCCGGAUUGCCAACAGCAUGAGCUGACAGGACACGAUCUUGCUGCCCCAUAUAUCUGUAACUACUGCCAGCAGCGUUUGACGACGCGACCGGCAUUGAUAGCGCACAUCAAGGAGCUGCACGACGCCGAGCGUCCGUAUGUGUGCGCCCACUGCAACAAGGGAUUCGUGCGACGUUCAGACCUGAAGAAGCACACUAUUGUGCAUACGGGCGUGCGUCCCUUCUCGUGCCACGUCUGCUCCAAGAGCUUCUCACGGAACACAAAUCUAACCAAGCAUUUGCGCAUACAUAGCAGCGUGAAGCCCUUCGUUUGCCAGCAAUGCCCUCGCUCUUUCCAGACGCCCCUUGAGCUGAUGAAGCACAGGCGCUCCCAUGCCGAGGUCAAACCGUAUCAGUGUGGGCGUUGUCCCGCCUCAUUUGCACGCAAGGACAAGCUCUCCAUGCACCAACAUGUGCACCUAAAGCGCGACGCCGAGCAGCAACAAGGUGUGCGCAUGACGAUGCCACCAGACCAAGUGCAGCUCCCACUGCAUCCUUACGUUGACAACGAUGCAGCCGUAGCAGGAGCAGGAGCAGGAGCAGCAGCACAGCCGCAGACGCAGACACAGCCGGCGGCGCCGCCUUAUUCGUAUCCACCUGUGCAGGCAAAGAUUAAGCCAUCAUCGAAGAUGUCACGCAACUUUCGCUGCGAUGUCUGUGACAGGGGAUUCCAGCGAGAGCGAGAUCUUCAGCGUCAUCGAGCGCUGCACUUGGACAGCCUGUUUGCAUGCAAAAUUUGCGGACAGAACUUCAAUCGGCGCGAGCAACUGCAACGCCACGAGCUGGAGGUGCAUGGCCCCAACUAUACCUGUCCGAUCUGCUGCAUCAACUUCCUGCAGCAGAGCGAGCUGCAGACCCAUCUAAAAGUACACGAGCUGCAGCAUAGCGUGGCCAAGAGCACCCAGGAGGCUCUCUUAGCUGCCUCAUCAGUGCCGCUGACUCAUUCCAUGGCGGGCGAGCAAGCCGGUGCUGGCAAGCCGCCCGUCAUACCGGAACCGGUGCCCAUGUCCAAUCUGAGAGCUGCGGAAUUGUCAUUCUACAGCAAUAUGAUACCGACGAUGAAUUUGGGCUUUUACAGCGAGACACGACCCGAGGAGCGCAAUGGAGUUUGAUAAUCGAGUAGUUAGGCUAAGCGAAAAGAGUAUUGAUUGUAAUAAACAUUGUAAUUGAGCCAAAAAGUU